CAAUUUUAUUUUUGCAAAACUGCCCUAUCGCUGUGUCUCUAUAUUGCUUUUUUUCGGUACUCUGGAAUGCUGGGAAUAUAGUCUAAAGUGACUAGCAAACUUUCACGGGCAUCCCUUGCAUCGCUCUCGUCUAUUUGACGGCUUGCGUUACUUGUUAGUUCAGCUAAAUACGCGAACGACUUGCUGCAAGUGACAGCAACUCCAAAGCAACUGCUCCAACACCAUUUCCUCUCUUUGUCUAUAUCUUAUUGGAGCUUCUUAUUUUCCCUUGCGUGGCGCUAGGAAAAACCUUCUGCCACACAAGCUGCACGAAGCUGCAUCACUUGCAGGCUCCCGUCCCUUUCUCUCACCCGUCUUUUGCUGUCACUUUUUUCAUUCUUGCCCUCCUUGCAGCCAUGAGACCUGUGGCGAGCGUUGCCUGCGUGGCUGUAGCUGCAUUAACGCUCCCCGGAGCUGUUUUGGGGCAGACUUGGAGCCGGUGCAAUCCGCUGACAACUAGCUCAUGCCCUGCUGACACGGCUCUGGGCAUGACUAUCAAUGUGGACUUCACCAAGGGCUCUGUUAACUCCUUUGUCGCUUCUGGUGCGCCGACAUAUGACAGCAAUGGCGUCUCAUUCACGGUGGCCGGUGGUGGUGACGCUCCACAGCUCGAAUCUGUGUUUUACAUCAUGUUUGGCCGUGUUGAAGUCACCAUGAAAGCUGCCCCUGGAGCAGGCAUUGUCUCAUCGCUGGUGUUGCAAUCUGAUGAUCUUGAUGAGAUCGAUUUGGAGUGGCUAGGUGCUGAGCCCGACCAGGUUCAGUCCAACUACUUUGGCAAGGGCCAGACGACAACGUAUAACCGCGGACAGUUUCACAGCGUCUCGGGUACCCAAGCAAACUGGAUCAAGUACACCAUUGACUGGACCCAGGACAGGAUCGUGUGGACGGCGGGCAAUUCUGUGUUGCGCACUCUGACCCAGGCCAAUGCUGAAGCGAAUCAAUACCCGCAGACGCCAAUGCAGAUCAAGUUCGGCUCUUGGGCCGGCGGUGAUCCAAGCACCAAUGCUCCAGGCACUGUUCAAUGGGCCCAGGGGCCUACGGAUUUCAGCAAGGGACCCUUUAGUAUGUUGGUCCAGAGCAUCACUGUCACAGACUACUCUACUGGUAAGCAGUACGUCUAUAGCAACAACUCUGGCUCGUGGCAGUCCAUUCAGGCCGUCGGCGGCCAGAUCAACGGAAACGCCAACAACGAAAACUCCCUCACCAUCACAGCAAGCGCCAGUAAUGCUGCCACAACCCCAACAGCCGCGCUGUCCAUUCCCGUUGGUGGCAUCGGCACGAAUAAAGGCCAAGCUACGGCCACUCAGAGCUGGCCGUGGGUUGCGGGUGCCACUAUCGGAAGCAUUCCUAGCGGUUGGCAUAUGAACCCAGACGGCAAGAUUGCACGCAAUGCGGGUGCGGCGUCCCGUGUGCCUCUGCCGUCCCUGUUGGUGCUUCUGAUGAGCCACUUUGCUAUUGGUGUGUUGGCCUUUGUUGCAAGGAUAUAGCGAGUUUAUGUGCGAGGCAAAUGUGGGUUUAAUGGCUGAUGUGUUAUUAAUGAAUGGGUGUAUAUAUCGGGAAAGAGUGUCUCCUACCACGGUUUUAUAAAUUGGGCAAAGAAGCAACAGACAUGUGCUCCACACGGGGAUUGCAUUUUUUAUGGCGUUGCAUUGCAUCAUGCGUUUUGGACAGUUAUUAUAGAUGGCAUCAUAUAUCGUUGUCUUGGUAUUGAAUAUGUAUAUAUAUACUCUCUAUAGAUGUAGAGAUGCUCCAAGCAUUUCCAAUGAGUCAAUACUAUCUUCUACUCAUCAAUGGUUAUAAAUUACAUUGGAC